AUCAAAUCAAAGCUCCUUCAUUGCGAGCGACAACUACCUUACGGCGAUGCGCCUUGCUUGCGCAAUUGCUCCCUAUUAGCUAGACUAGAUUACCCUUGGCAAACGACAUUCGAGCAGUUGCUGGCCCGACAAUGCGUCAGUUCGAGGACUAUGUGCUCGAGUCCUUUGACCACACCACUGGCUGGUACCAGGAUAACAGCUAUGAGGGCCUCAACCGGACCGCUGACCAGCUUAUGCAGUUCCGACUUCCCACGGGCCUAAAGCUUUCCUUCUCAUCCCUCGCGACACCUAACUUUUCGACAUCCUAUCACCUCGGCGCCGGUGGUCGAUUCGACGGUUCCAUAUGCUACCUGUUUUCUUCCGUACCGUUGAAGAACGUCAUCUCCAGCUCCGAGUCGAUACCGCUAGCGGUCUUGCUGCGUUCAUACAGACAGGUUCAGGACCUGCCGCCCGUCCAGCCUAGCCAUGACGCGAUACCGCCGGCUCCAUCACCGACUCCAGGGGAACGGUUUCAAGAAUUCGUAAAGCAGCCUUGGUUAGUGUUUGGUCGCAUGUUCUUGCCAGAGUCGAUGCUGGAGGCGCAAGUGGUAAAGCGCGCCUCGCCUAAUCUCCGAUUCCAAGUCAAAGGCGUAAGCCAGGCCGACCUGCCCAACGGCGGCACCAUACUUGGAAGUGUGCAAUACACAAAGCCGAGGUACGGCGUCGCCGGGCUGCUAUCCACAGACGGCGGCCUCCUUGGCUUCAGGGGUUUGUACAAUUUUGGCGGCGACACGAUCCCUACAACAUCAACCCCUAGGGCGGUUGGUAGUGACGACAGCGCCGGGACAAAUGGCUCCGAUGAACGUGAGCGCAUAUACGGACGUUUCAGUGCAGGCGGAGAGCUCUACUACGGCGUGCUUAACAAAUCGGCGGGGGCAUCCCUCGGUGUUCGGUUCGCAACCCUACCAGCACAUAGCGGCACGCCUCUGACAGCGACGUUUACUCUUGCGCCACUAAUGGGCAAUAUAAGCUCUAGCUUUGCAGUUAUGGCACGCCAGAGCUGCUCCCUAGCCACCAGGUUUGACUUUAACGUCUACAGUUACGAGAGCGACUGGACUAUUGGCAUGGAGCUUUGGGGAAAAGGGCGGAUGGCUGGGCUGAUUGACCGGCGCCUGGAAGAAGAAGAAGAAGCUCAGACCGUGGCUGUUGACACAAGGCCAGCUGAAAAAAAGAGGGGGAGGAGUUUCCAGGCCAAGAUGGAAUGGAGGCUGGAUGAAGACGACGAGAUCGAACCGCCCCCAAAGAAACCGGAAGAGGAGUUCUCUGGUGUACUCAAGGCACGAAUGGAUCAACACUCCAAAGUCGGGUUGCUCUGGGAGGGCCGUCUCAAGUCUCUCAUCUUUAGCUUGGGCACCAGCGUGAACCUCAGCAAGCCCGAGCAGUCAUUUCGCAGUUUAGGCCUGGCAAUACAGUACUCGUCGUGAAGCAACCCCGUCGUAUCAUUGGUGGAGGAAGAUAUGUGGAAUAAGGACUUGACGACCUACUCGAGGCGCCUGGCAAUUGCUUUGAGGUCAGGUGCAAGGGUGAGCGGUGUCAAAUGGUCUAAUACAUCCAUAAUUGAUGUAUUGCCGGACGGACAAAUCCGUUUUAUGAGAGGGAAGAGGCGAAAACAGUAAUGAUCGCUUAUGCUUCGGCAGGGCCGUCCUCAAUUCUGACAAGGCAGAGGAAAAUGACUCCUGUAAACAAUUCCUCGCAGAUGGUUGAACAUCGGAGCCGAGUCCCGAGGAAAAAAAGAAUAAACAAUCAACCUGGCGAUCUGUGGAACUAUAGACCACUACAGCUUGAUUUCACGGCCGGUUUGCCCAAUAAUGGCAAAAUCAUGUGUGGUCAAGCCCCGCAGCAAAAGAAAAGUUCAAAAGGAGUCUUGAAUAAAUGGUGCGAUGACUCGAGGAGAUGGUGACCGACACCUUGAUGGCCUUGUGGGUCAAAUUGCAUCAAAGAAAGGAAAAUUCAACACAAGGCCGAACAAAAUAGCGGCGAAGACCCAGAUGUUGAUGCACCUCGAUGCAAGGAUUCGAUAAAGCUUCGCACCCACAGACGUACGCGGUCCUUCUAGCCUCUCGCCACUAGGUGAACAAACGGUGCGCUCCAGUUCUAGGUAUGAGGGCCUUUUGUGGUCGCAAAUCCUCGUUGUCGCAACCGUGGGGUUGGUGAUUUAGACCCUACUUUGCGACUGCCCGCCUGGCGCGUAAUCAUGCGGGAAAAAAAGCACAGCAUCGCUUGCAUUGGGUCUAUUUCUAGUCUACCAUAGUAUGCGUUUAUUCCUUGAGUUGGGUUUUUGGACCAGUAUCCAGAUUCAGCUCCAGUUGCCCUAUCGUAAUAGCGUCGGCCCUGGUCCCAGUUUACAGCAACCACCAGGUCACCCGUCCCCACUCUUUGACACUAGCGUGGCCAUCAAGGUCCUCAAACCUCAUCCAAGUUAUCAUGGUCGCAAACGGCGGAACAACUGUCGUGUCUCGUCUGUUCGAAGAAGGCAGGAGAGGUGGUUCCGACAAAAACUCCCGAGCUGUUACUACUACUCCUAUCUAAAGUGGGCAUGUACAUGAGUGACUUGGUCACACCAGCCCCGCUCCAUUUGCGCAGUAGUCAAAGUACCUUCCUCUGAUCGGGAAUUGUCUCUUCGCCACAGCUUGUUUUAUAUUGUACUACAGCAGGCCCGUUGGUAUCUUGGAAAGGACUUGUCAUUCUUCAUAUCACAG